CGAUUUCAGAUUGCAUCGAUGCGCAGAACAAAACACCUUCCAUGAGAGUAGUUUCAUUUCACGAUUGGUUUCAGACCCGGGAUGGAUUAGUCUGGGGGUGCAGAGUGUCUAGAGAAGUUCGGGAUAUCGUUUGGCACGCUCGUGCAGCUCAGGUUAUUGCAUCCUCCUAGUUGAGCAACUGGCAAGCUUCUAAUCGGGUCUAAAACAUUCCCGCAAUCCAUCUGCGAGUAUUGAUUCAGCAGGCAAGUCAAGGAAGAGGCUCCCAUCCCAGUUCAGCGUCCAUUUCCAAGCCGCAAGCCGCCUUCAGCAUUUUUCCGCUCCUCUUUUAUAUUCCUUUGGCUUGCAUCGAAUAAUCCCAAAAAAAAGAAAAAGGAAAAAGGAAAAAGAAAAGAAAAGAAAGCAAAAGUAAUGCCGCGUAAACAACGGCAACCACUAGCAACGACUGCCAGUGCUGGGAGUGUAUUCAGCGCAUGAUUUCAGUGAUUUCAUGGAGGAUGACGGGUGCUGUAACUCGAAACCUUACUCUCUUGGACAACGUCAUUUUCCCGAAAGAGGCUUUUGAUGCCAAUCCAUGGAUAUCGAAUUCAACCCAAUCGCUUCAGCUCCAAUGAAAAAUUUCCAGUUCUCCAUUGCUCCGAUUACGAUCGAAGGCUUGGAAGGUUGGGUUGAUAGCCGGGUUCGGCAUGCAAAGUCGGCAACUAUAUAGUUAUGUAACCGGUGAGGUGACUGAAGCAACGUUGCUGCUCACAAACAUAUACUAAAUAAUUGGGUUGAGGAGUGAUGUUGUUCAGAGUGGAGCAGGACGCGGCUCCUGGAAUAACUAGAGGUUAACUAACUUAUGUCUUUAGUCAGCCAGGGGGGGUGGGUUGGUGACAGGUCGCCGUUCAGCUCAGCUCAACCUAUAGUUAUAACAUACAACUAACUAAGUAUUUACAACUUAUCUACUCGACGCUAUCCGAAGACAGCAACGCUGUUUGGACAUCUGGCAAUUCAACAUCACCUGAAAUAUAACCAUGGAUGCUCAUGAUAUGCUUACUAUUUCUGAAACCUCCCAGACAGCUCCCUAAUACUACAAUGUACUAGUAGUACAUACAUGGGGGCACAUCUGGCUUGUCCGUGUAUACAAAGAUGUUGUUUACUUACUUCUCCUUGUGCUUGAUACGGCAACUAUAACAGCAGGAAUAAUGAUAAUCACAGCAGCAGCGAACCAAUAUGGUUGUGACGGUUCUUCCUCCCUCGGCGCGGGAGUGUGCUUGCUGCUUGCUGCUUGCCAUGGCCUUAUUGUUGUUUUCUCAUCGGUUCUUCUCUUUACUUUCCUGCUCAUUGCAUUCUACUGGCUCUUCUUUUAUUCUAUAUCCUUUUCCAAUGUGUCUAGCUCUUCCACAGCCUUAUCCUGUGGAAUACUAUUUGUUGAUAAUCCCAUUCUUAUACAAUGACCGCCUCGGACCCUGUUGCUCAGAUUUCGGCGCAAGAAGAACAUAAACGCUCUCAUUCGCGCCAUAAAACCUACCCCAGAUUCGUCCCAAAAUUUCAAGCGAGCCUACGGGAUAAGCUGCCGUCUUCUGCUGAGAGUGAUGCCCUACGGUUGUCUUCUUUCACAUCUCAUCCUACGAGCGGAGAAGACCACUAUCCCUUACGUAAUGGUCAGCGUGAAUUACUGCCAAUUGCACCCAUAUCACCGAUAGGGUCCGCACAAAAAGAUGAGACCACAAAGACACUGCUUCUUGAAAGCGAGUGCUAUGGGAUACUGGGAUUCAGCUUCCCGCGAUGGAAAAAGUGGACAAUUCUAAGCGUCGUCUUUUUCGUGCAAUUAUCAAUGAACUUUAAUACAAGUAUCUACGCCAAUGCCAUCACCCCGCUAGCUCAACAUUUUUCUAUUUCCGAGCAAGCUGCUAGGGUGGGCCAGAUGAUUUUCCUCGUCGCCUACGCGUUUGGCAGUGAGCUAUGGGCCCCUUGGAGCGAAGAGCUUGGCCGGUAUCCUAUCAUGCAGCUAAGUUUAUCCCUGGUAAACAUAUGGCAAAUCCCUUGCGCGCUGGCUCGAAAUUACCACACCAUUGUGGUCGGGCGCUUUUUCGGUGGUUUAUCCUCCGCUGGUGGUUCUGUUACACUGGGCAUGAUUGCAGAUAUGUGGGAACCAGACGACCAACAAUUUGCUGUCGCUUUCAUUGUACUUUCUUCUGUUGCGGGUUCUGUCAUAGCACCCAUCGUCGGCGGCUUCAUGGAGGUUUAUCUCGACUGGAGAUGGAACUUUUGGGUUCAGCUAAUUUUUGGAGCGGCUGCUCAACUCGCUCACCUGUUACUUGUCCCAGAAACAAGAACUACUAUAUUGCUAGACAGAGAGGCUAAACGGCGACGCAAGGCAGGGCAGCCAGGUAUUUACGGCCCCAGUGAGAUCCACGGACAGGGAAUUUCGGUGAAAGCUGUUGCGAUAAUCUGGCUUCGACCGUUUAGUAUGUUUGUCCGCGAGCCCAUCGUGUUUUGUCUGUCACUUCUCAGUGGCUUUAGCGAUGCCUUGAUCUUCACUUUCCUCGAGUCGUACCAGCCUGUGUAUGCCCAAUGGGGAUUUGGCACCAUCCACGUUGGGCUGGCUUUUAUACCCAUCCUCAUCGGAUACUUCAUCGGCUACAUCUCCUUUCUCCCCAUCAUGACAAAGCACCGAAAGAUUCACAGGAAAAAUUCAAAUGUUCUUGAGCCAGAAUCAAGGUUAUGGUGGCUCUUAUUUACUGCCCCUCUUGAAACCAUCGGUUUAUUCGGAUUUGCCUGGACCAGUUUAGGCCCACCCCAAGUACAUUGGAUUGCCCCAAUGAUAUUUUCUCUGUUGAUUGCCGUUGCAAAUGUAAAUGGAGACUCCCAUCCAUAAUAUUCGCAUUCUCCGUGUAUUGCAAGUUAACGAGCUCAUAUAAUAGUACUGCAUAUACAUGGCGACGAUUGACUACAUGGUCGCAAGUUAUGGGCCGUAUUCCGCAUCUGCGACGGGUGGUAAUGCACUCGCAAGGGAUUUCCUUGCUGGCAUUGCAGCGAUGUACUCAACACCAUUGUACGAAAACAUCGGCAACAAAUAUCAACUUGAAUGGCCCUCGACCAUUCUGGCGAUUAUCUCACUCGUGGUUACCAUCCCCAUUUACAUAUUCUAUUGGAAAGGAGCCAUCAUUAGAGAAAAAUCCAAAUUUGCAAAAAUCCUGGCAGCCAGCAGGCGAGCACGCAACAUUGGCCGGACUGGUGAGAAGUGUAAGUCGGACGUGGGACAGACGAGCGAGGGCCAUCUCAGCCAGUCAAGCGAGCAUAUUUAUGGGGUACGUAGUCAAAAUGGUAUACACUAGUUAAUUAACCUAGAGAGAUUAUUCAAUUGCUCUGGCUCCAUGGAGACGAGUGAUUUUCUUUCUUCGGAGCUGUGUCUUCAUAGCCAUUCCCCUAUUUUUGUUCAGAAUUGUCUACGCUGGAUGCAAUUCGGUGUUAAGCGACAGCGAGCGGGAGUAAUUUGAUUUCUCUAGUACAGUUGGUUUGUUGAGCUUUUUACCUUGGGUGUUUGGGCGAAGCUGGGAUAAUUUCCCUGAGUGAUAUACCUUACGUAUAGCCAUUACUCUUGUAUAUCCUUUUUUGCUUGCGGAACGAAGAAUUCAAAUAAAUCUUUAGUAGGUUUGAAGGUAGUUCAGUUCAAUAUCUCCCCCCCCGCAUUUUAAAUAGAAUGUUCGGAGAUCCGCGCUUUU